UCGUCGCGCCGCUCGAUGCCGCCUCGAAAAAUAGCCCGAUCUUUCGCACGCUGUCACAAACAUGUCGUUGGGAUGCCGAUGGAGCGCACCAAAAGCAGCAGCCGCGAGUGGCGAUAAAGCUCGCGAUACACGUUUAUCGGAGAGGAAGUAGUGGCUUUGGACGGAGCUUUUUUAUCAUCGAUACGAGCGGUCGAGCGGGGGGGCAGCAGCGAUGCAACGGAAGUGUUGCGCGCAUUGCCCAGGAAGCGUGACCCGCACUGGCGAUCCGAUCCGCGAGCACGACUGCGGUCUGCCCGUCUACGUCUCGGGCAAUCUGCGAGUCAGGUCGGUGCUCGACGACCACGACGGCCACGACGACGACGAGGACGAGGCAGCCGAUCGCGAUCGCGAGCACCGCGACGAGCCGAGCCACGCUACCAAGACGACCGUCCUCGGCUCCUGCUACGACAGAUUCGCCACUGCCAAGAAAUUCCACGCUGAGAACUUGCAGCACCAGCCGCUGCCCGAUCGAGUCGACGAUGCCAUCUUCACGAGGCAGAGGCCGGCCCUUGAUCCCUCGAUGCGCGACAUCGUCAAGAGAUGCCAGAAAAUAGUCCCGAGGAGGCAGGCACUCUUGAGGAAAAAGGAGCAGCAUAGUCGAGCGCACAAGUACGCGCCGGCCCUGGGCUGCAAGAAACCCAAGACUUACAUGGACUUGGCCAUCUGCUGGGAGACGCCGAUCGACCAGUCCUACGAGCCGAAGAAAGCGAGCCACAUCGACGGCUCGGAGGGUGGACCAGCCCCGGCUAUAUUCACCCUCGUGUCGCACGCCACUUCGCAGACGGACGUUCGGGACGGCUGCAUACCGGCUAUGAAGGCCGACGACGACUGCAGUUGCGAGCAGGGCCAGACCUGCAAAAAGUGUAUCCAGAAGCAGCAGCAGCAUCAGCAAUCGGUAGACGGCGAGGACCUCUGCAGGAACAUGGACUCGAUCCGUCUGAGUAACGAGCCGGCCCAGGCCAAGAGCAAACGCGCCAUGUUCAAUCGGCACUGCGCCACCUGCAACAAAGGCAGCGCGGCCAAGCAGCGGCCUAGCCUCCAUCGAGUGAGAUCGACAGCCUCCCUGGAGAAAGUCGCCUGCGGCCAGGUCGUCGCUAAGAAGACCAACGGCCUGCCGACUCACGCGUCGCACUCUUACCCGAAGCACGGGACUCAGGUGCCGAGGCCUCGGACGCCGUACGCGAGGCGCUCCUUCUGCAUCGACACCCUGGCGCCGCCCUUCAGCAUAGUGCACGGCUGCAGGGACGCCGAUUACCCCGAGCACUGGCGGCUCACUUCCAUUUAUCAGCAGUCCUAUCGCAGCCCCGUCAAGAUGAGGGACGCCAAGACGAUUAUCAAUUACGAUCGUUUGUAAUCCAAGUGUAGUCAAUUCUUUCAUUGAUCUUUUCUUCUUUACAAGAA